AUGACGAUAUCGGAGAUAGCUUUGCCCGAUGAUUCUUCUAUGUUGGUAGUUGGAGAACUGAUCGGUGCAUGGAUGAAAGACCUGAAUACAGUGAAAAUAUGGGUGAUGCAAAAAUAUGCAGUGCACUCGUCUUGGACUAAGAUUAUUGAAUUUUCUGUUGAUCCUGUUUUGCACUGUUCUUUAUCUAUACUAUGCUUUACAAAUUGUGGUGGUAUAAUUGGAAUAGAUGGUGAAAGUAGAUUGGUGAAGUUUAACGAUAAAGGAAAGCUGAUAGAGCAUCCCUUCUGUCAUAAUUACCUCUCAGACAAAUCCGCCAGAUCAGAGUUCGUGGUGUAUUCAGAGUCUCUAUUUACACUCCCCGACACCGGUAAAGCUUAG